AUGAUCGGGAGGCUUCUGAAUUUGGGCAGCGGUGGAGGUGCUUCGGCUCCCUCCAAUUCCCAGUCGUCUGCCUAUGCGCCCGUGGCAUCUCUCGACUCCGUCCAGGAAGACAUACACACACGAAACCUGCUCUUCCCAGAUCCCGACACCCUCUCCCACGGACGCGCCGACCAGUUCUUUCCCUUUCACGCCGCGCCUCUCUCCCUGCCGCCCCCCGGCUCCUCCCCCGCCUUCGAUACGAACGACGAUGUCGACCUCGACAUCCAGGAUGUCCGCCUCCUCAUCAUGCAGGACACCCUUGGCCACACCAAUGCUACCCUUCUCUUCGACAGUCACCCGGGCCCUGCGCCAGCACCCCCAACUACGACCACCGACCGCACAUAUCCUCCCGACUCCCGUCGCACCCCAGCCUCCUCCCGCAAGGGAAGUCUCGGCCACGCUUCCAGGCGACCUAGCAUAUAUACCGAAAACACCCUUCCUCGUCACGGCGCCUUUGACCGCCGGGGCUCUCACCACGGGCGUACCCAGAGCUUCGCCGAGACGGAGCCGCAAAAGGCCGCUCGCGAGUACCGCGACGAGCUCGCCACCAUCUCCAGCUGCAUAUUCGGCAACUCAGAGCUCAUGGCCUAUAAGGGAACGUCCACAAAGGUCCACGUUGUGCCUUCCGAAUCUCGCGCGGCUGACGCGGCCUCACUGUUCGGCGACGGACGAGGCUCCAUUGGCCGAUCAAGCACUCGGUCCAGUAAACUCUCGCAGUCCUUUACCUCUCAGACCUUUCUACCCAGCGCCCCCUUUGGCUCGAGCUCUCGAGCUCCCAAGAAGAAAGUCCUCAUCACUCGUCUCUUCCCCGUCAAUGUCGCCAACGACGAAUGGGAAGCGAACCCCACCCCCGCAAGCAGGCUCUCCGACGAUCAGACCGCGUACCCUUUUCCCACCGGCAGUGACGAGGCCGGGCCCAGCAGAGUGCCUCCUGUGCAACGGCGUACACCCAUGUACGCGAUUGUUCUCGUUGUGCAGCUGCCUGCCCGGUCGUCCGCAGGGCUGACGCCCAAGUUGGCGUUCCGCGAGUCAGGAUCCUAUCCAGACCAAGACGUAUUCUCCUCCUCCUACGGCUCAGCACGUCCCGCAUGGUGGAAUACAGCCGCCGCCGGCGCCUACGGCGAGGCAGCCGAGUCUUCCUUCUCCGCAGACGUAGAAGACCAGAUUGACUCACUGACCCAGCACUGGGACAUCAUCAUGAGGACCUUGACUCACCUCCAGUCCGUGGCGGCCACGACUCUCAAGGGCAUGCUGAAGCAGGCCGACCUUCUCCUGCAGGAGGCCGCUUCCUCCUCGAUCUCGCACGGUGUGACGCUCCCUUCCCGGGCCUCCGUGCAAUCUGACCGACGGAGCGCCGACGUAUCGCGCCCCAAACCACCCAAGAGCAGCGUCAGGCUUGUUGCGAUCAGCCAGAAUUCUCUACCGGACAACCCCAACAUCGCAGCCGAGGUCAGCAUCGCACGUUGGCGAAUCGUGACAGGUCUUAAGGCGUCCAGGGUCGUCACGGGUCAGGGACGAUGGGGCAUCUGGCGUGACGAGGCCCUGUGGACAUCGAAGUGGUCACAGUCGGUCGAGGGGGGCACAUUCCUGUGCAACCUGCUCACCGGCUUCCUGGCCACCCAUACCGACUGGCUGCAGGCUCUGGCUCCCUCAUACUACCGGCGUCGCUACCUCGGCUGCAGGCAGCACGCCGAGGGCGAGGACCUGGCGCUCCCAUCCCGGACCGUCAUCAUGUCCGAGGACAAGAUGGCCGCACGCCGUCUCGUCUUCCUCCUCUCCGCCUUCUUACCAGCCAGCCAGCACCUGCCCUCGACGCGCGCGCACCGACCGAGCACAUCUGCGUCCGUCGGCGGUUUCGCACACUCGCCCCCGACAUAUGUCGUCCCUGUCCUGCGCGAGGAGUCGCUGCGCCGCAAGAUCAACCGUCGCACAGGAAACAGGCGUACAUCGCACUCGCGGAAUGUGAGCCAGAGCACGCGGGCGUCUGCUGUCCCCGCUCAGCUGGCCCAUCUCAGCAUGGACCGUAGCCAUGAACGUCGAGUUUCGGAUGCCGGGUCCAUCAAGCCAUCCGCCCUGGCCAUGCCGGGUAACGACCUGGCAAGCAGGAAGAGCAGCGCUGCCACGACGGCCGCCGUCGUACCCGAGACUACCAUGGCACACUUCUCGUCGCUGCAGCGCGACGCCGGCAACAGAGACUACCGCCCGGACAGUAGCGGAAGCCUGGCAACGGACGACCUGAAACGCUCUCUGCGCAGGGGCGAGAGCAGCCAAGUCAGUACGUCGAGCACGGAUUCCCGGAGUCAGGCCUCCCGAUGGGGAAGCGUCAUCAGUGGUUUCUGGGGCCCGAAGCGUCGAGAUUCCUCCACCAUGACCUCACCCGGGCAGCUGAGUGAUAACCCAAGGUCUCCCAUCAAGAAGUCGCCAGCCAGGAGGGACAGACUAUCCGAGAUGGUGCAGGAGGCGUCCAUGAUGGUGCAGAAAUCUACGGCUGGGACCGACGCCACUGCCGAUGGUCAGCCGAUCCCGCGAGAUGUGGCCCCCCAGAUCGGAGAGCAGGCGGUGCCCCGGAGCUCUCAAUCAUCGACACUGAUCAAGGGAGAUGCGCCACCGGUCGACCCCUUGGGUACCCUCGAAUCGCCCGUCAAGACAUGCAUCAAUGAGGACGACGGUGUCAUCGAUGUGGACUUCCCCUUCCCAGAGUACAUAACAUCUUUUGAGUCGGCCAUCAGCUCCCCCUCGAGCAGCGGCUACCUCUCCACACCCGGCAUAGGGGGCAGCCUGGAGUCUUUUGAGCACUCGGCUAGGGUAUCGGCAGCUGAUGGGGACCCGCCCAUCAACGCGGCUGGGUGGCUGACACAUUUCCACCCGGACUUUUCUCUCCAAGCGAUCCCACCGCAAGACGACCUGAUGGAACAGAUCAAGGCGACGCUGCGGGCAGAGCCCACACCUUGUCUCGGUGUCGUGCGUGGCAGCUCUUCGGAGCAGUGGGUCGAAGUAGGCUGCGUUACUGUUGCCGACGUGUCGGCCAGCUCUGUGCGACGCAUUGCCCUCCGACGUCUAGUGGGACCGUCCACACAUGGCGGCGCUCAUGAGCAGCUCCCAUCGGUGACCACUAUGGCCGGCAGCGGCAGCAACGUCACCCCCACGAGCCAGUCGACCGCUCCACUGCACACGCCAUCCACGGUGCCUCCCUACGAGAACUGUCUCGGCGAGGAAUUCGUCGAAGAGACGGUAUAUACAGCCGACAGCCUACUUCUCGAUGCCAUGGAGCGUGUCAUGGGUUCCAAGCCGGGCACUACAAAGGAAAGCCCCCUGUCCCGCAGCGCCCCGCGUGCUGAAGACGAAGACGACGAGGCCGACACGCGGCAGUACAACGUCGAUACGCCCCGAGCUCAGUGCCGCACUGUCAUCCUUUCCGCCCUGGAGGACCUCAUCCGCGACGUGGUGGACGAGCAUGAACCCACCGUCAACUACCGCCCUCAGAAGAGUCUCCUACAGGAUGCCGUCCGGAAUUGGAUCUCCCGUCUUGACGCCAUGGACUAG